CGUAAGGGGCGGUGCCAGAGGCAUAUUUAUAAAUGGAAGGGAUCAGAGAGCCUGUUGAGUAGUGUUUGUUUAUGUGUGUGUGCUUAGGAACCGGGAGAAAAGUUCACCAUGGUUAUAGUUAUCGAAAAUAAGGGAGAUUUUGAUGCAGCUCUGAAAAAUGCAGGGGACAAAUUAGUGGUAGUGGACUUCACAGCCAAGUGGUGCGGCCCGUGCCAAAUGAUUGGCCCCAUCUUUAAAGCUAUGUCUGAAAAUCCAAAAUAUAAAGAUGUAGUUUUUCUGAAGGUGGAUGUGGACGAAGCAAAGGAUGUAUCCAGUGCAUGUGGGAUCCGAUGCAUGCCAACUUUCCAAUUCUACAAGCGAGGGGAAAAGCUGGAGGAGUUUUCUGGGGCCAACAAAGAGACGCUGGAAAAUAUGAUCAACAAACAUAAAUGAAUAACACACACACACAAUCCAAAGAAGGUUUGACCUCCGUUGUCUGAGACUCUACAGUAAGCCUAUAAUUCCAUAUGUAUCAUUAAUUAUUGACAUUUAUUGCCAGAAAAGGCUUCUGUUAUUUUUUUAAUAUCAGAAAUUCAAUAAAACACAAAUAAAUUACUCUUGAACAGUGUAACUUCC